CGAGUUUUCUCUUCCUCUAACCCAGGUUUUGAGGCAAAGAGGUUUUCUGUCGGAAUGAUGGUAAUGUUUUGCCAAUAAAGUGACGUUGUUGCUUCUGCUUUACGUGUUUUGCAACACAGAGAAAACAGUGAGCAGACAGACUUUAUAAAGAUUUCUUUGUCAUUUACUGGGAUCUAUGAACACAGAGACAGGAGUGAUGUCAGUCAUUACAGCUUAAAAUCUGUUGUCUGCCCUUGUUUUUUGAUACCAUCUCCAUGCACAGUAUUAGCAUUUUAGGAAGCUGGUAGACAACAAUUUACUGACUAUGGUUGCCUCAAGAGUAAACAAAUAAUGAACGUUCAGUAAGCAAAUGAUUGUUUACUAAAGUUGGAAGACAACUCAUUUGAUGUUUGUUGAUAGAUUGAUGUGAUAUGACAAGCGCACAGCCAACUCCAGGGACCAGCACACCCUCAUCCAGUAUGGAGGAUACAACGGGACCCAACAUUUUUACAUACAACUCCACUCCCUGGAUCCCUCCGGAACCUGAUAUUUGCCACCAUAUUGAUACAAAUUACAGCAUUGCUCCAGCCAUAAUAGUUGUAAUGUGUUUUAUUUUUGGGAUCUUGUAUACAUUUUUUGGGUACAGAUUAUUUAAAGCUGUUAUGUUCCUGACAGGAUUUAUAUUUGGAUCUGUGUUAGUGUAUAUGAUUUGCUUAGAGGAAGACAUUUUACCCCCAGAAGGAAAUGCUGGAGUAGCCAUUGGCGCAGGAAUACUGUGUGGACUAAUUACAAUGCUUGUGCAAUAUGUAGGACUAUUUUUAACAGGAUUUCACCUUGGAAUAGCAGUAGCAGUUGGGGUCUUAAUUGUUAUAGAACAAUUUUAUCACCCUGAAACAAAAUGGAUUCCAAUUGGAAUACUCGUUGGACUUGGAUUAUUGUUGGCUGUGUUAAUUUUAAAAUUCCAGAAAAGUAUGACAAUUCUUGGAACCAGUAUUUUCGGAGGAGCUCUAAUGAUUGCUUGCCUGGACUAUUUUAUCGAGAAAUUCCUUAUCGUGAUGUAUGUAUGGGACCGUAUUAAAGGCAAUGUGUCUGGUCCUGUGUGUUGGUAUAGUUGGCUAAUACUAAGUUGUUGGCCAUUUUGUUUUUUGGUUGGAACUUUAACUCAGUGGAAAAUAACUGGACAAGGAGUGGACCACAGACAAGCUCUUCAUAUGAAAAGGGCAAAGAAAAUAAACCUUCAAAGAGCCCGGGCAAAGCAGAGAAGAGAUGCUCAACAAUCACGUUAUCGUCAUCUUUAUCAAGUACGAAGGGUAAAUGGGGAUGUUAUUUCACAGAGUUACAUUCAGAGUGUCCAGAGCAAGUUAUCACCAGCCAUGCGAAGUUUAACACAACUACACGGGGAAAAUCCUAGUGAACUCGAAAGUGCUAACACAACUUUAACGCAAGUGCCAUAGUGUACACAAAGAACACCUCAAAUACUCAAGGAUUUUAGUCGUUCGGAAAUAUACAAAAUGUAUUAUUAAAGCUCUGAAGGGUAGUUCAGCUAUUUGGUGAUAUGCAAAAGUUUGGUGCUUUUAACUUUGGUGGAGAAUUAUUAGAAAUUUCUAGUGACAAAAUGGAGUUCCCCUGCUUUUAUGUUAAACAAAAAUCACACUCAAUUUAAUACUCAAAAGGUUUUAAUGUAUAUUUUCGGCUGUGAGAAAUUGAAUGUUAGGAAAAGGACGGACAAAAAAUUGCUUUAAAAUUCCAUAUUUUGUAAUGUGUACAAUUUAUUUAUUUUUUUUAAUGGUUAGUGUUUAUUGAAUAUCUUUAUGUUAUUUUUGUAUACAUGAUUGUGUUGUUUUUAAAUCAUGUUUAAAAACAUUUUGUGCAUAAUGGUUUACUUAAAAACCAUUAAUUAGGAUAUUGAAAAUUAAAACUGAUGUCAUAUUAUAGAAGAAUGUAUAUUUUGAAAUUGAAUAGGUCCAUAUGAAAAAAAAUUCUGGUUCUCUGCUGAGUAAUUUACAAAGAGCUGGUUUUAUGUUCAUAAUAUCCUGUGUUAAAGGGGGGUAACUCUUUUAAACAUUUCAUGUUGAAUUUGAAAUGUCAGUUAUUGGCAGUCAUAAACAGCACUUGACAAUUGUAAAUUAACUCAUUGUUAUUAGGAAAUGGCAACAAUAUUUCAUUUGCUUAAUUAUAUAAUUCUUAAAUAUCUAUGAAGUCCAUUCUUUUAUGGAUGAUAACCACACCUAGUAAUAAGAAAGAAGCUGCUGAAAUUAUACUCCAUGGAGAUGGAAGGAGCAGCAUUCACAUUAGAACUACAAAGUCUGUGCUUAGAAUUAGUAGUUAUGUAGAAUUAGUAGUUAUGCAGCAUACAGUAACAGUAAAGGUUGAAUAUGUAAAAUGCGAAUUAAUAAUUAUGUAAGUGAAUUCCUUUAAAAUUUAUACAGCAUGAAUAAACAAAUCGUGAGAUAAAUUCAGAGCCAAGAAAUGUUAUGUUUUAGACAAGUCAUUCAACCACAUGAUCCUUUGACAGAAUAAAAACACAAAUAUAAACCCUCCUUUUGAAGGAAUGUCGAGAACCAGAAUACAUUUGGAAUUGCCUAGUGUGUAAUUUCAGUGCCUAGUCUGUAAAUUGUUUUAUCUUACUCUUGGAAAAGUUGAAAAGUGUUAUUUUCUGUGGUCUAUGAGAUAAUAUAGUCUUUAAUACAGUUACCUCCCUUAACUUUCAACUACAAUUGCAAAAUUCUAAGACAAUUGUUGAGACCAAUGCAUGUUAUAUAUAAAAAUAUUUAGUUCAGUAAUUAGUUAAAAUUUUAUCUUUUGUAUUUGAUUAUGGUAUUGUUGAUAUAAAUUUAAAUGAGCUUAUUUUAUUCCUGUCCUUUAUGUUGUGAUUUUUAUAAACCUGUGAAAUUCCCAGAUUGUGUAAUGAUAUUUCCAUCCAGAUACAGUGAUCUCGGAAUCCAUGUGCCAUUAUAUAAAGGAAUAUAGAUCAUGUCACAUUAUUAAUUACACGUACCUAUGACAUUACAACAUUCAAUGAUUUUCAAGUUUAAAGAUGCAUUAUGUAAGAUUUAGAUAAAGAGCUGACCACUCUUGCUAUAAUAGUUCAAAAAUAAAUAUAUUGAAACUUUCAAAUUACUUUAUUUUGAGCAUAGUUAUGGGUGUUGAAGAUUUGUCAAUUACAAUUGCAAUGAGAAUACACAGUCUUGACUGUCCGUCUUUUUUAUUGAGCGACAUGCAUUUUAACGUUAACCGAUUAUAUGGUAUGUAGUCUAAGCCAUUCAAUAGUUUAGAGUUGAUAAUGGUCUUGUCAUGUGAAAAGAUGUUUAAUUAAUAAUUUAUAUAACAUUUGAAGACAGAAAAAAAACUGCAAUAGGCAGAUUUAGCUCUUGCAUAAUGCAUCUUGAACAAUUUUCCCCCCUUUUUUUUAAUCCACUUUUCAUAAUAUCCUAUUUUCUUAAAUUUUGUCACCUACUUUACUAGUCAUCAAAUUGUAUUUUAUUUAUGAUUUUCUUUUAUUUCUUUGAAUUUUGUCUAAAUGUCUACUAAACUUUUCUUCAUUAGUUACAGACAGUGGUGAAAUUUAACAUAAAUGGAAGAUUAUUGGAAAGUCAUUUGUUAAUAUCGAUCUAUGAACAUUCAUGAUAGACUUCUCAGUAAAACAGUUAUGGGUAUUUGUAUUGGAUCUUACAAUCGAUUGAAUUAUUAGUUGAAAUGUUUUGUGUUUUCAAUGAAGACAGUUUUAAGUCUUGAUGUAUUGACAUCAGCCAUUAUAAUUUUUAAACCUCAAAAUGAAAAUGUCAGCUUUGUAUUUUGGUAUUUAUGUACGUUUGUGUAGACAUUGUUAAUUAUAUUAUGUAAGUUCUCAAUGAAAAGUCAAGUAGCUCCUUAAAGACUUCACACACAUAUCACAACUAGUCACAUAUCAUAUAAUGGAUAAUAUGUAAUUGAUUCAGAAUUGUGUUAAUAUGAUAACCAUAAACAUUUAUAAUCACAUUUUGAAUAAUUUUGAUAAACAUCCUCAUAACUGCCUCUUUUUUUAAAAAUGAAAUAUUGACUGGGAUCUCCAUUUUACAAAUCCAAUCCAUUCUUGUCAUAGAUAUAUGAUAAAUUAUUUACAUUAUAGUGUUAUAAAAUAGAAAUGUAAUAGGUAUUUGGUAAUAAUUGUUUCUGUUACUAAAUGCAUCUUACAUGUUAAUUAAUAACCUGGCUAAUUUUUUUUAAGCUCCUGAGGUUGUUUGUAUGAUUUUAAACCCUUAAGGGUAUAAUCUUUUUUUGUUUUCCUCCACAUAAUAGAGCAGAUGGGGCAUAGUUCCAAAGGGUUGUUUAAGGCCAGUGCUAAAAUAUACAAGGCUGGAUCUGGGAAAGAGGUCAGUGAACUUAUGUGAGCAAGAAUUGCUCAUCCUUUGCUUUAAGCCAAAUUAUAAAAUUGCAUGAACAGAAUAGCUGAUAAUAUACUAGAAUAAGUAUAACCUUUGAACUAUUUAAAUUUAAUCUUCAUAGUUUGUAGUAAGGCUCUCAUUUCAAACAUAUUUGCCAGUCCUGAAUGACUGGCAUUGAAAUCGACAGCCUAUGUAUUUUAUUGUCUGUCAAAUUACAUGAUAUCAAUUAAAAAUAAAUUAAAGUUGACAGUGUCUACUUGGUAACAUAUUGAAGUGAGACCCCUAUAGCCACUGUUUAUUCAAAUAUUUUAAUUAUAACUGUACAAAUGUAGUAUAAGAUAUUUUAUAGUAAAUAAUAAAAAUCUAGAUUUAUGAUAAAUAGUUACAAGUUUGUUGCCAUAUAUCUGUUGCUGCUGUUUAUUACCUAUUCAGUGUUGUUUGUUAUUAAUAUACAUUUAAUGAUAUUAAAUGUAUAUCUUGUUUAUUUGUAUAUUACAUUGUACAUGUAUUUCUUUCUUUGUAAAUAACUUGAUGAAGCUUUUCAAUAAAGUAUUUCUCAAAUUUUA